AUGCUGGUGACCUAUUUGGAAGCCAGCCGGGACCUUUGCGAGACGGACUCAAUUCUCUUUGGCGCCGCACUGGCAGUCUGCCGUAUUAUAGGCGCCAAACUUUCCACGGCUGGACGCGCUACUGGACAAAGUAGUGCUAUCCCAGCCUGGAGAAUAAGAAUUGAAGAACGUAUCGCAAAGGCUAGGGCCUUCAUCGGCAGACUGAUAUGCUUCAGGUCAGGCAAUACCAAGCCAAGGAUUGUGCGCACCGUCAGGAUGGCGUUUGCUGGGACAAGUGUUAGUUUGUCCCAGCCGGAUAUAAUGCAAAAACUGACGGAGCGCAUAGACGACCUGAAGCAAAGAAUCGCUGCUUGGGGAAAGCGGAUUCGGCGAUAUACCGGGAGGUUGACACGGUUCAACCAGAAUCGUCUCUUCCAGAGUGAUCAGAAGAGGCUCUAUAAAUCAUUGGAGCGACCAAUGGUAAGUGGAACGGGCCCAGUACCGAAUCAGGCCGACACGGUCGCAUUCUGGCGCAGCCUGUGGUCAGAGCCCGUAAACCACAACGAGGGCCCUUGGACGGAAGUUGUGGCGAGUCAGUGUGUGGGUAUUACGCCCAUGGACCCCGUCACCAUAACGCCGGAUGACGUAGCUGAGGCGGUCCGUAGGGCCCCGAACUGGAAAAGUCCGGGACUCGACGGGCUGCAUCACUACUGGCUGAAGGGGUUCGUGUACACUACAUUGGAAUACAUAGCUAUUGGAAUAAUAGCUAUAUUUUGGCACGAUAGAGGGGCUGAGUCAGUAUGCUGA